AUGAUGGCUGGUAAAGUAUCAUCAAGACGAAAAUCACCUCGCCAACCCAAAUUACAAGAAUCUUCAAUCACCCGUAUCCAGGAAGAGGAAGAUGACGAUGACGAAGAAGACAAUGAAAUGACUCUCGAUGAGAAAAAGGCAAUGUAUAAUGCUGUUAAAGUGGGAGAUAUAGACAUAUUAGAGGAGUUACUAGAGAGGCAGAAUGCUGAUAUCAAGAUGUUAUGGUACUCCGAAAAUUUGUUGAUGGCAUCUAUUAGAUUUGAACAAGAUGAAAUGGCAGAGUUUUUACUGGAUAAUGGAGUUGACCAGAAUCACUCUAAGCUUCUGAUAAGAAAUCCUGAAAAUGGUGUUAGUAAUACAGAACAGUAUACAUAUACAUGUCGUCAAAUGGCAUACGACCACGAACUGUUUGAUAUUGUGGAGAUAAUAGACGUAAUGAACAACCAGCUAUUUCCUGGUGUUAAGCCAAGGCGCAGAGUACCUCGAUAUCGUCGAGAAAAGCCACCGACACCUUUACGUGACUUAUCUCCUGCUCCGGAAUCAGAUACUAGUGACAAAGAAAACAAAUCCAAGAAACCUGGCGCGGUUAGGAAAAAAACAAAGAAAUUGUUGAAACGUGUUAGUGCUGAUUUACUUUCUCUUUUGGAAGAUUCGGAUGAUGAACAAGAUUCUGGAAAACAAGACAAAGAACUACCUAGAAGGGGAUCUUUGCCGCCUGGAGUUGGUAACAAAAGGAAAGGGAGACAAUCAAAAUCUGCAAAGUCUGUGGAUCGUGAUUCCGGGGUGUAUAGCAUAGAACCGGGAAAAUCAUUGUCCGAAAUGGAUGAAUCUUGUACAUCCCCUCAACCAAGACGAAAAGAAACAAAUACUACCAUAAACUUUGCUAAGGAUACAUCCCCUUCACCAAUGACUCAACGCUCGCCUAAACCAUCCACAUCAAAAGAGACAAAAUUUAAGACAGAGACACACGAACAGGUAACAAAGAAGCGUUUAAACAAAACUUUCAAGAUUUUUGGAAAUGUUGCUCGAGCUAGUAGACCAAUGUCAGCUUAUCAAUAUGUGACAGACCACUCGAGGUGUCGAACUCUUGGUUAUAAAAAAGAACUAAAUCCUAGAUUCGAGGAUAAAAUAAAGUGUCAUGGAAGUUACACCAAUGAAAGUUUUUGGUGGAAACCUCAGAAAAAGACUGAGUAUUAUCAUAUUCAAACACGUGCUUUUUCAGCUCCCGUUCUUUGCCCACGCGUUCAAAGCAGAGGUUGUUCAAUGACAUCGAACAAGUCCUAUCUUCGUACAAACAAAAACCUGAUGCCAACGCGUAAGCUCGAUCAGCAAUUUAGAGGAUCGUAUACGACACUUUCGUUCAACUCGAACGUAGGACUGUUAAUUGGCAUCUGA